AUGGUGGGGGGUGGUAUUCAUGGCCGUUUAUGGCUGCGCCUGUGGCCACAGGAGUCUAGACUACUAACUUAUAGAAUAUUAGGGUGAAUGGGAAAGUGUGGACUGAGACUGGGUCUAGGCUGGAGUGGGCUGGGCCUGUCCUAUACUAAAGCAGCUGGAGUAGUGGGUGGGUGGGAGUGAACAGAACAGCAGUUGUUUCCUUUUCUGGUUGUUAGACGCCAUUACAGCCUGUGUGUUAACUGCCUCCUCUGGCCUGCUAUGGCCUGCUGGGGUGAUUGGUUGGCCUGCUAUGGCCUGCUGGGGUGAUUGGUUGGCCUGCUAUGGCCUGCUGGGGUGAUUGGUUGCUGGCUGGGCUCUGUAUGUCUCUCCUCUACAGGGUUAAUGGUAGGCUGCAGUAUCAGCAGUAAAACUCACACUUGGUGAAGAGCCCCAAUAUAUAUAUAUAUAUAUAUAUAUAUAUAUAUAUAUAUAGAUAUAUAUAGAUAUAUAGAUAUAUAUAUAGAUAUAGAUAGAUAGAUAGACACACACACACCGGUUCAGCUGGCCUUGAGACGAGGGGGGGGGUGGGAGGGAGGGAGAGGAGGGAGGGAAUGAGGAUAAAUGUGAGUGAUGAAAUUGCAACAGUGUGGGAAAGAGUGAGAGGCAAGGAAAAACCAAGGAUUAAAGAGAGAGAUGGAGGGGGGGGUAAGAGAUGUGGAGGGGGGGAAGAGAUGUGGAGGGGUGAAGAGAUGUUGGGGAGAAGAGGGAGAUGUGGAGGGGGGAGAUGGAGGGGGGGAAAGAGAGCGAUGUGGGGGAGAAGAGAGAUGUGGAGGGGGGGAGAUGAGAGAGAUGUGGAGGGGGUAAAGGGAGAUGGAGAGGGGGAAAGAGAGAGAUGGAGGGGGGAAAGAGAUGGAGGGGUGGAGGGAAGAGGGAGAUGGAGGGGUGGAAGAGAGAUGGAUGUGGGGGAAAGAGAGAUGUGGGUGGAAAGGGAGAUGGAGGGGGGGAAGGGAGUGAUGUGGAGGGGGGAGAGAAGAGAGAGAUGGAGGGGGAAGAGAUGGAGGGGGGGAUGGAGAGAGGGAAAGAGAUAUGUGGGGGAAAGAGAUAUGUGGGGGAAAGAGAUAUGUGGGGGAAAGAGAUAUGUGGGGGAAGAGAGAUGGAGAGGGGGAAAGAGAGAGAUGGAGGGGGGGAAAGAGAGUACUGGUACCCCGUGUAUAUAGCCAAGUUAUUACCUCAUACCCCUGCACAUCGACUCAGUACUGGUACCCCGUGUAUAUAGCCAAGUUAUUACCUCGUACCCCUGCACAUCGACUCAGUACUGGUACCCCGUGUAUAUAGCCAAGUUAUUACCUCGUACCCCUGCACAUGGACUCAGUACUGGUACCCCGUGUAUAUAGCCAAGUUAUUACCUCGUACCCCUGCACAUGGACUCAGUACUGGUACCCCGUGUAUAUAGCCAAGUUAUUACCUCGUAGCCCUGUACAUCGACUCAGUACUGGUACCCCAUGUAUAUAGCCAAGUUAUUACCUCGUACCCCUGCACAUCGACUCAGUACUGGUACCCCGUGUAUAUAGCCAAGUUAUUACCUCGUAGCCCUGUACAUCGACUCAGUACUGGUACCCCGUGUAUAUAGCCAAGUUAUUACCUCGUACCCCUGUACAUCGACUCAGUACUGGUACCCCGUGUAUAUAGCCAAGUUAUUACCUCGUACCCCUGUACAUCGACUCAGUACUGGGACCCCGUGUAUAUAGCCAAGUUAUUACCUCGUACCCCUGCACAUCGACUCAGUACUGGUACCCCGUGUAUAUAGCCAAGUUAUUACCUCGUACCCCUGCACAUGGACUCAGUACUGGUACCCUGUGUAUAUAGCCAAGUUAUUACCUCGUACCCCUGCACAUGGACUCAGUACUGGUACCCCCUGUAUAUAGCCAAGUUAUUACCUCGUACCCCUGCACAUCGACUCAGUACUUGUACCCCGUGUAUAUAGCCAAGUUAUUACCUCGUACCCCUGCACAUCGACUCAGUACUUGUACCCCGUGUAUAUAGCCAAGUUAUUACCUCGUACCCCUGCACAUCGACUCAGUACUGGUACCCCCUGUAUAUAGCCAAGUUAUUACCUCGUACCCCUGCACAUUGACUCAGUACUGGUACCCCGUGUAUAUAGCCAAGUUAUUACCUCGUACCCCUGCACAUUGACUCAGUACUGGUACCCCCUGUAUAUAGCCAAGUUAUUACCUCGUACCCCUGCACAUUGACUCAGUACUGGUACCCCGUGUAUAUAGCCAAGUUAUCAUGGACUCAGUACUGGUACCCUGUGUAUAUAGCCAAGUUAUCAUGGACUCAGUACUGGUACCCCGUGUAUAUAGCCAAGUUAUCAUGGACUCAGUACUGGUACCCUGUGUAUAUAGCCAAGUUAUCAUGGACUCAGUACUGGUACCCUGUGUAUAUAGCCAAGUUAUUACCUCGUACCCCUGCACAUGGACUCAGUACUGGUACCCCGUGUAUAUAGCCAAGUUAUUACCUCGUACCCCUGCACAUCGACUCGGUACUGGUACCCCGUGUAUAUAGCCAAGUUAUCAUGGACUCAGUACUGGUACCCUGUGUAUAUAGCCAAGUUAUCGUGGACUCAGUACUGGUACCCUGUGUAUAUAGCCAAGUUAUCGUGGACUCAGUACUGGUACCCCGUGUAUAUAGCCAAGUUAUUGUUACUCACUGUGGAUUUAUUAUUACUUUUAUUAUUACAUGUUUUACUUUUCUAUUAUUUCUCUAUUUUCUUUCUCUCUGCAUUGGUGGGAAGGGGCCGUAAUCAUUUCACUGUUAGUCUACACCUGUUAUUCACGAAGCAUGUGACUAAUACAAUUUGAUUUGACAAGUUCCCCGCAUAAAACUACAGUGUUUUAUUUAUUAGGAAAGGUUUUUGUAUAGCCUACCUUCUAACCCCUCUCUCCCCCGUAGGUAAGUUUGAGGAGAGGGAGGAUCGGGUACCUAAGCUGGAGCAGCUGAACUCCCUGGGCUUCAUGUGUUCUCUGAACCUUGUUCUCAACAAGAGAGACCUCAUUAAGAUGGAGCUGCUGCUGUUGGAGACGUUCAGCUGGAACCUGUGUAUGCCCACCCCAGCCCACUUCAUAGACCACUACCUCCAGGCCUCGGUGCAGGAGGGAGACCUGUACAACGGCUGGCCUCUCUCCUCCCUCUCCAAGACCAAAGGCUUUAUGGACAAGUACACACACUACUUCCUGGAGGUGUCACUGCAAGGUGAGGGGUGAUGAGGUGGAUGGAGGGAUUGAAGUAGAGGUGAUGGAUGGGGUGAAGGAAUGAGAGCGCAGGGGGAAAGGUUCAAGAUGGAGGGGGGGGGGGAAAUGGACUGUUAUGAAAUAUGUGUAGCCUCCUGUGUUCCUCUAGACCAUUUCUAACAGUCUGUCUGUGUUCCUCUAGACCAUGCAUUCCUGAGUUUCCGUCCGUCUCAGGUGGCGGCGGCAUGCGUAGCGGCGUCUCGUAUCUGUCUCCAGAUUUCUCCUAGCUGGACCACGUCUCUACACUUACUGACUGGAUACACCUGGGACCACCUCACACACUGCAUCAAACUCAUGCUGCUGUAAGUCUCUCACUCACUCACAGACCUGGGACCACCUCACAGUGCUGCAUUAAGUCUCUCACACAGACCAGACACACAGACCUGAGACCACCUCACAAUGCUGCAUUAAGUCUCUCACGGAGGCCAGACACACAGACCUGGGACCACCUCACAAUGCUGCAUUAAGUCUCUCACGGAGGCCAGACACACAGACCUGGGACCACCUCACAGUGCUGAAUUAAGUCUCUCACACAGGCCAGACACACAGACCUGGGACCACCUCACAAUGCUGCAUUAAGUCUCUCACACAGGCCAGACACACAGACCUGGGACCAAUUGCAUGCUUGUAUGCACAGACACACUCAUAUGCGUUUGACCGAGCCAGACUCCAUGCUAAUUCUCUCGUUGCUCAUGUAGGUUAACUGUAAACACAUGACAAUCCACUGUCUGGUUUGUCAGAUAAUAACAAAUGUCUUGUUCCACCCCCCUCACACUCUCUCUUUCUCUCGCUCUCUCUUUCUCUCUCUCUCUCUUUCUCUCUCGCUCUUUCUCUCUCUCUCUCUCUUUGUUCUCCACAGUGCCCAUGACAACGAUGUGAAGGAGGCCAACAAACCCAAAUCCCCCCCUCCGCUGUCUUGUACCUCCUCCCUCCAGUCCCACCUCUCCCUGGUCCCAGCCAUCCAGAGACCAGCUACUUCCACCGCCCAGCAGCUCCUCUUCCAGCCCGGCCCAGUGGGCUUCCCACACCUCUCCCAGCACUCCCCCUCCCUGUCCCAGCUCCACGCGCUAGCCGACUCCCAGGCUUUGGGGCCUGCUGUGGUCAACAUGUCUCAGAACUUCCUCCAGAGCCACAGGAUGGGGCUGCUCACUGGGGCCACCACCAUGACCUCCACAGCAGGGGCCUUCCCCUCCUAUCCUAGCCUGACUUCGGGGCUCCAGCCUGGGGCUCGGGUGGCACCGCUGGCCUUGCAGGGCCCCAUCUCCAUGCAGGUAGCCUUGGCAGCGGAGCCGCGACACUGCCUCAGCAUGGCCUACAGUGGGGGGUACUUGGGGGGCGUGGGCUUCACGGCAGCGGGCUGCUUCGACAGGUGACGCCAGGAGACAGAGGAGAGGAUGAACAGCAAACCACCCCGAGCCAGGGACAGGGAGCGCUGCACUCCUCUUCCAUCACUUCUUCCUCCUCCUCUCCGCUCCCUGGCGGACCUCCUCUCUCUCUCCGUCAGCACCCCGUCCCCCUCCUCGGCCGCCCCGCGCCCUGCGCCCCCCGCCCUCAGACAGAGACAGAGAGAAAGACGGCUCAAACGCAAGCAAAGGUCAAAGGGCACCGAUGAUCCCGUGGAGGUCAUCACACUGACAUGA